GGAGGCUGGGCGGAGCGACGCACGGACGACGAGCGGAGAGAUCAGAGCCAUAGAGAUAUUCUGAGAUCACCAGGGUAGGGGAUAAAGAUAGUGAAACCCACCGUUUUGCUUUCACCGAGCACUGUUUAUAUAUUUCAUCACUUCAUCAAAGAGAGGGAGGCCAGCCCAGGAUGAACGGCAACUCAGGUGCCGGCGUGGUGACGGCCCCCCCUCCCACCACAGCCCCACACAAGGAGCGGUACUUCGACCGGGUGGAUGAGAGCAGCCCGGAGUACCAGAGGGAGAGAAACAUGGCACCCGACCUGCGGCAGGACUUCAACAUGAUGGAGCAGAGGAAGAGGGUCUCCAUGAUCCUACAGAGUCCGGCAUUCUGCGACGAGCUGGAGACAAUGAUCCAGGAUCAGCUGAAGAAGGGGAAGACGCCCACUAGCCUGUUGGCUCUGCAGCAGAUCGCAGACUUCAUGACCACCAGCAUGCCUUCCAUGUAUCCCGCUGCACCUCAGGGAGGCAUGGCGGCACUCAACAUGAGUUUGGGUAUGGUGACUCCAGUGAAUGAUCUGCGUGGCUCAGACUCUAUUUCCUAUGACAAGGACGAGAAGUUGCUCCGCUGCAAGCUGGCUGCCUUUUAUCGGCUUGCUGACUUGUUCGGCUGGUCCGAGCUCAUCUACAACCACAUCACAGUCAGGGUGAACUCAGACCAGGAGCGCUUCCUAAUUAUCCCCUUUGGGCUCCUGUACAGUGAAGUCACCGCUUCCAGUCUGGUGAAGAUAAACCUUCAAGGUGAGAUUGUUGACCGGGGAAGCACCAAUCUGGGGGUCAACCAGGCCGGCUUCAUUCUCCACUCUGCCAUCUACGCUGCACGGCCCGAUGUCAAGUGUAUUGUACAUAUACACACAUCCGCGGGUGGUGCGGUGUCCGCCAUGAAAUGCGGCCUGUUGCCCAUCUCACCUGAGGCACUGUCCCUGGGUGAGGUGGCCUAUCAUGACUACCAAGGCAUACUGGUGGAUGAGGAAGAAAGUACCCUCAUACAGAGGAACCUCGGGCCUAACAGCAAGGUGCUCAUUCUGAGGAACCAUGGCUUGGUGUCUGUAGGUGAAACAGUGGAGGAAGCUUUCUAUUACAUCCACAAUCUGGUCACUGCCUGUGAGAUCCAGGUGCGAACACUGGCCAGCGCUGGAGGGCCAGAUAAUCUGGUGUUGCUGGACCCAACGAAAUACAAAUCCCGCCCACGGGUCCCGGAGCCAGCCGUCGACGGGCCUUCUACACACCCCAAGUGGCUAGUCGGGGAGCAGGAGUUUGAGGCUCUCAUGAGAAUGCUCGACAACUUGGGCUACAGGACGGGCUACCCUUACCGCUGCCCAGCAUUGCGAGACAAAGCUAAAAAGCACAGUGAAGUGGAGAUCGCUCCCUCCACCCACGGUGGUUACUCAUACGGGGAGGACAGUGACUCAGGUGCUCGCUCCCCAAUGAAACAGAGCUUCCAGCGCGGCCAGCGUGACAAGACCCGCUGGCUCAAUGCCGGCGGCCGGCCUGACGAGCCCUGCGAGGAUGGGCCCGAUGGCAGCAGCCCCAAGUCGAAGCCUAAGGUGUGGACGAACAUAACACACGAUCACGUCAAACCCUUGCUGCAGUCUCUCUCGUCUGGUGUCUGCGUGCCAAGCUGUAUAACCAACUGCUUGUGGACAAAGGAAGACGGACUCCGCCAGUCUGCCGCAGCCAAUCAGUUCAUCCCAAUGAACACCAACCCAAAGGAAGUCCUGGAAAUGAGGAAUAAGAUCCGGGAGCAGAACCUGCAGGACAUAACCACAGCAGGGCCCCAGUCUCAGGUUCUGUGUGCCAGCACCAUGGUGGAACGCUCCUUCACCCAGAGAUUGUCAAUCUGGCAGGACGCCCCUCUGUCUGACUGUACAGACACUAUUGAUGGCCUCGAUGUGUCCGAGGGGUCCUAUAGUCCUGCUAAAUCAAUUAGAAAGGGGGAGCUAGUGACCGCAUCCAAAGCUAUCAUCGAGAAGGAGUACCAACCCAAGGUUAUCGUCAGCAAGCAGGGUCCCAACCCCUUCACCAAACUCACCGACCAGGAGCUGGAGGAGUACCGCAAGGAGGUGGAGCAGAAACAGAAAGGGCCUGAAGUGCAGGGUCGAGACGAUAGUAGGGAGGGAUCAGCCUCCAGCGUACCCUAUCCUGAGCCUGAAAUGCUACCGAGGGGUCGAUCCUCCGUCUCCACACCUCUGCAGUCUGCCACAGAGUCACCCAGCUUAGAGAUAGCCCCAGCUCCGAGUGCCACACCGGCCUCUGAGCGGGGCUCUUCCUCAAUCGUCCUCUCCAGUGGGGCUGAGCCAGCUCAGGGCGGCACAGACUCUGCAGACGACGUUUUUUCGACCGCAGAAGAGGUUUUUUCAGCUCCAGAUUCCCCACACAAGGAGUUCCACUGCGCCGUGGUGCGAGCCCUCAGCAAGGAGCCGUCAGCGGUACAAGCAGCUAAGGCAGAGCAGGCUCCAGACCAGGAGCAGCUUGAAGAGCCUGAGGAGGCAGAGCCCAAAAGCCAGAAACCCACCACCACUCCACCCAGCACCCCCAUCAGAGCAGAGGAAGAGUCCCUGCCAGAACAAACCUAUAAGGAUGAGAGUGACGCUGCCACCCUGAGACAGACCCUUCCAGAUUUAACACCUGAUGACCCCUCCGAUGCCCCAGCACUUCCUGCCGAAGACUGCCCCUCUGCCCCUGACACUGCAGACGCAGCUGAGGUGGAGGAGCCUGCGGAUGCUGGCGAUCAGGAGGGAGAAGAGUCUCCCAGCAAAUCACCCUCCAAAAAGAAAAAGAAGUUCCGCACCCCUUCCUUCUUAAAGAAAAACAAAAAAAAGACAGAGUCCUAAAUUAGAGAAUGUUGGAUCGGUCCUCAAGGCUGGCCUCUGCCUCUUUUCAUUUUCGCUUCUUGUCUGCUAUCAAUGCACCCUGCGAGCAAGCCACAGUAACACACAGUUAAGCUUUUUUUGUUGUUUUGAUAUUAUUUGUCGCUGGCUUAUUAACCUAUUUUUCCUCGUUAGUGUGUGCCAAUUUUGUAUACAGUGUAAAAAUGAUUGAUUGCACAAAGGUUUUUAAUUAUUAGAGGCUUUUUAGUUGUGAGUGAUGCAUUCUGUCUAGUCCACUCCAUCCGGCCUUUGAUGCAUGUCUAUUACUACAGGCCCACACUUAAUUAAGGUUUGAGGGUGAGAUUUUAGGGUUUUAUCACCCUCAUUUAUUUUUAAAGAGUAUUACUAAACUGUUGUAACCACUAGAAUGUAUUGGGAUUGUAUCAAAAAUAUGUCAAGUGUCUUUUCAAAAACGGUGAAUGCAGAAAGAGAAGCUUGUACUCUAUCGUUUAACUGGUGGUCAAUUUGGACAGUGAGAACUACAAAUUGCAUAGUGCUAAUUUUACCCUCUGAAGCUGUGCGCCCAUGUAAGUACAUGUUGGUGGGCCAAGAAAACAGUUGGGAUAUUUUCAGGUAAUUAAUAAUGGAAAAUGCCAUAAUCGAGUAUUUUCAUUAAAUCAUCCACAAGCUAAAUCCCAUUUGGCAGUUUUAAAACUCAAAAUCUUCUACUCACACAAGCAUUAAACAUGGCCUUAACUUACAGGUUUAAUGAAUCCACGGUGCUGCAAACGUGCAGGUGAUCAUGUUUGAACCUGGUGAUGUUGAGCGUGGUUCACAACUAAGUGUGAGACAUCCCGGGAAGCGUCAACAAGCUUUGUGCUUGUUGAUUAUUCCAAGGGUUGAUAAUAUAUUUGCUGGAAGUCUUUUAGUAUGAAGGAAUGUGUAAAAAAAAAUCUCAGUUAUCUUUUUUUUUGCCAUUUAUUUUAAUUAUUUGAGCCUAGAUUUGUUUUGCAUUUGCCCCCUUAAUUUCUCUCAGUCUCUGUAAAAAGUCAGAAGCAGACAGAAAUGCUACAUAUUGUGUGAGAUUCCAUUUUUGUUCUCGGUUAUGUAUUGCUUUUUCUCACUACGUAGAUUGAGCCAUGAUUGAUUGCUGUGAGAGAGCACUGUGAACCUCCUCUUUUAUAAACCACUGUCUGGGAGCUCAUACAACACGUUAUGUCGUAAACAGAGAUACAAUCGUUACAGAACAUGAAAGCUGCAUGAUCAAUCAUAUGUCAGAACCCUCAACCUGGACUUUCCUGUGUAAAACUCAGAUCUUAGCAAACACGACUUUGUCAUUGAAUACCUGUGUUUCCAGCUGCAAGUACAAUGUACACUGGAGAAGCAUUUUCUUUUCGCUCACUGAUGUGUAAACAAUGGUGUGAUUGCAAAUGAGCUGUGCUUAAGGUUGCAGGGCAUUAAUACAUAGGCCAUCUCCAUGCAUUAUUAACUGUUUUAGUUAAGGUUAGUCAUCCGUCUAACUCGUGAUGAACCAAAAGGCAAAACUAACGGAAAGCAUCACCUAAUCUAAGGCGCUUAAUAAACCUUUGUUCACAACAGAUGGUGUUUCUACAUCAUUGCAUACAAGCUGAGAAUGUCUAACUCAUGAAGGACUUUGUGUAGAGUGCUUAGUGUGUACUGUCCUUUUUAAAUGACUGUAACUACCCCUUUUAUUUGAAUUAUAUAUUUUAUUUUAGGUUUAGGACUCAAGUCCUUGUCAUGGUUUUCAUUUGAGUCAACCAUAGAUUUUAUUUUAUUUUUAUCUUGCAGCUAUGCUGAUUUGUAUUCUCUGUCUGAACUACUUCCAGUUUAAAUGUCUCGUCAUUAUACCAUCUACAGACUUAAUACUUCACCUAUCUUUUCUCAUGGUUCUGCCUCUUUUACAGCCAUGAAUAAAAAACACUAUGGAAAAUCA